GGUGACCUUAACCGUUAAUUUUCGGUUUGGUUCUAUUAUUUGUUUUUGAACUUAAUUUGCGAUAAUCGUUAAAUCAAGCUAUGUUCAAAAAACGGUUAUAGAUGUAACGUUAUAAAUUAAAUAGUUCACCGAACAUUUUACUAGAAAAACGUUAAAAUUGUUUAUGUUUUUUGAAAAUUUCGUAUAAAAAACGUUAAAAAAAAUUAAAGUUUUUGAACGAUGGACUUAAUAAACGUUUUUAAGUUAUUCGUUCUUGUAAAUUUAUACAGAAGAACGUUUUGAAAUAAUACGUUCUUGAACAUUUAAUGAGAAGAUCGUUUUGAAAUAAUACCUCUUAUAAUAAUUCAUAAUAAUAAUAUACAGUUUACUACCAAAAUGUACAAGAAAAUUUGACUGCGCUUAUUAUAUUGCCAUCAGAAAACGAAAUUCUUCAAACAAUUGAUAACAAAGUAAUUAUUAAACAAUUUUGUCAAACAAAAGCAAGGAAAAAACUUGUAAAUUUUAAAUUAUAAAUAAAUUCAAGUAUAAAGUUAUUCAUUAGUUCAUUACUAUGUACUAUGUAGUAUGUACUUAUAUAUAUUUAUUAUAACAGGUAAGUACAUAAAACAUACGUGCAAAACCAGUUUUCGACCAAAUCGAUUUUUUAAUAUGGUUGUUAUUCAAAAACUAAUCACUGUAAAUACUUGAAAUUUUCACCAAAUGUUUAUGUCAGUGUUAUCUAUGUACAGUUAAAUUUUCAAAAAUUCUUGACUUUUUUUGUUAUUUAUAGACCAUAGAAUUUUCGAUUUUUAUGAGAAUUUUUUUUUGAACUGUCGAUAAAAAAAUUUUGGAUGGCCAAAAAAACUUGAAAAUUUAAUAAAAGGUUCCUUAUGAGUUGUUCUUAUUGUAGCUAAAAAAAAAAUUAAAAAUCGUUAGUCACAAUUUUUUUUUAUAAGCGUUUAUUGUUUGACACUAAAACACGUGUGGUCACCCAUCUGAGAACUAGUGACACCUGCCAGAAGCCCAGAACACAUUUAUGACUAAAGCCAUACCUACAUCGCGUUACACCAGACUACUUUUAAAUUUUUGUUUUACGUUCUCUGGAGUCUGGAUUAUUAUACCUAUUAGCUUAUCGCUAUCGUGGUAGAUAUUAGUUUAUACUUUAUAUAUUAUAUAUAACAAACUUAAUUGGAAAUUGAAAAGUUAAAAUAUUUGAUAAUUUUUACAUUAGAGCAGGGCAGCAGGUAAUAAAAAUUGAUGUUAUUAUGUGUCUAGUCUACAAUCAGUAAAUGCGUUAUACACUUUAUAAUACAUAUAUAUUUUAUCUAUACUUGCUAAAUGGAUAGUAUAAUAUACAGAUAAUUAAUGUUAAAAUUGGACUUAUAUUUUAUGAUUCUAUUAGGUAGGUACUUCCUUACGUUUUGUAAUCUACCUACAGUUAAAUAUCAUUUUUACGUAAAACUGUUUCGUCGUGAGCGUGUGAUUCAAUUAUUAAGUGUUUUCAUCAAUAUUAAUAUAUAUUAUUUUUUAUUAUAUAAUAAACUAUAAUAACUAUGCCAAAAAUUAUGAAUUGUGAUAAUCCAGUGAGACGGUACUUCAAAUAUCACGCUGAAGGUGAAAAUGCGAACAAAUCUAUAUGCAAAAUUCAAAAUUGCAAUAAAAUAUUAGCAGGUAAUCAUUUGGGUAAUUUGAAGCGUCACUUAAAGGUCUUUCACGCCAUAGAAUAUCAGCAAAUAUUAUUGGAGGAAGAUGAAAUUAGUACAGAUACUACAAAUACCGUUUCUAUGUCAUCGACUUCUUCAAAUUCACCUGAUUUAUUUCCACCAACACAAAAGAGAAUGCACAGUGCAGAUAAAACAAUUAACGUGUCAAUAAAACGCCGGGCAGUGAUUGACGGCUGUAUUGAAAUGGUCACAAUUAAUGGUAGACCCUUAAAGAUAUUGGAGGACUCUGGUUUUAGAAAAAUAGUAGAUCCCAUUUUUCGAUCUUUAGGAUUUACUAUGAACGCUGAUGUUGUGCGCAAUCAUAUUUGUAAUCGGGCAAGUUUAGUCCGUAAAGCUAUUACUGAACAAAUGAAAAAAAAAUUUUUUUGUAUAAAAAUGGACACUGCAACUAGACUUGGUCGUACUAUACUUGGCAUAAAUGUUCAGUUUAUUUAUGAAGGAAAAAUUAUUAUUAGGAACCUGGCUACGACAGAAGUUUAUCAAACUACAUCUAUCAACUUAAAAUGUAUACUUUUAAAAACAUUGGAAAGGUACAACUUAAAUCCUAAAUUUAUUUAUUCUAUUACGACAGACAAUGGAGCGAAUAUGUUGAAAACGGUUUCAUUAAUUCGUGAAAUGAAUAGAGAUUUCGAGUAUUUCGACAAUAAUGAAGAAAUGUCUGAAAAUGUGCACAAUUUUGAAGAUAAUCAAGUUCACACAGAUGAAGAAAACAGUUAUGAUGUUUCGGAAUGUUCUGAUGAAGACAAUAAUAUGAUAAACGAACAAGAAAACGAAAAUAACCAAGAAACAUUGCCUUCAAUCAUCAACGAUUUGGGUGCAGAAGUCCACACAUUGGAGGUAUUGAGGGGUAUGCGAUGUGCUGCUCACACCUUACAACUAUCGAUUCUAGAUGUAUUUAAAACAGAAAGUAUAAAAUCAACCAUAAACAAAUCACGGAGAUUGGUGAAGACGUUGAGAUUACCAAAAAAUUUAGAAGCUCUCAAGAAUAUGGAUUUAAAACGACCUGUAAUCGAUUGUGUAACUCGGUGGGGAUCAACAUAUGACAUGUUAGAAAGUCUAUUAAGAUGUCAAAAUUUUUGUCAAGUUUUUGGUAGACAUCAAACGAGAUUAAACGUAGACAGUGAUUUUUGGACAUCUUUAAAUGACCUCAAAAAUGCCCUUGGACCAGCUAAAAUAACUAGUUGUGUAUUACAGGCUCAGCAAUUAUACCCAGGAGAUUGUUUACUUUAUUGGAAAAAAUGCAUUAUUCACACAAGAAAAAUAAAUUCAUUUAUUUCAAAUAGUAUUGCUGAAGCUAUGCAAAGACGAGAAACGACUUUAUUCGACUGUGAUAGUUUCAAGUUGGCUAUUUUUUUGGAUGGUCGUGUCAAUGUUUUAUUAGAUGAAAAUACACUAAGAGAAGCUAAAAAUCAUUUGAUACUAUUGUCAUCAGAAUUACACAACAUUGAUCCUGUUAUUAGAGAAGGGCAAUCUGUUUCAAAUAAUAAUAUUGAAACAGAUGAAGUAGAUGACUUAGAGCUUGAACUUCGUGCGGCGGCAGCUGACCGGAGUAGUGGUUUGGUUAGUAAUCAAGACCAAGUUGUAUUGGAUAUUCAAAGGGAAAUUGUAAAUUUUAUGCAACUUCCUAGGGAAGAUAAAAGUAAAAACAUUAUGGAUAUUUGGACAACACUUAAAAAAAUGUACCCAUUGAUGUAUGAAUGCGCUUUGGUUGCUUUAGCAUUACCAACUACACAGGUCACAGUGGAACGUCUUUUUUCCAGUUUAAAAUUCAUAUUGAAUGAUCAACGAAAUAGGAUGAACCCCUCUUUACUGGAAGACAUAAUGGUUGUACGGUCAAACUAUUUAUUUGACAAAAGUUAAUCUACCUACAGUAUAUAUUUAUAGUUUUUAUUGAUUAUUAUUUAUAAUUUUUUAUAGUAUUUAUUCAUUAUUAUUUAUUUAUAGUUCAAUUGAUUAUUAUUAUUUAUUUAUAUUAUUUAUUGAUUAAUAUUAAUUUACAGUAUAUAUUUAUUAUUAUUGUUAAUUAAUGUAUUA